CUCAGGGAGUAAGGAUGCCUGCUUCACCAAUGGGGUUUGGAAACUUCUUCAUGGACAGAAACAUCAACAUGCCCGCUGGAUAUCAAUUAUUGGGCUGUCCGCCUGGAAUGCAACAGCCACCGCCACAUCUUAUGGGAAUGGCUGGGGUUCCCUUACCUUUCUCAGGAAUACCGGGAUACAGUUUUAUCCCUUAUCCUCAUCCAGGACACAUGGCACACAUUAGCAAUUCCUAUGACCUCAAGGCUGCAUCUCCGUAUCACCAAGCUCUCCUCGGACGUGGGGGACCCUAUUACACUCCAUAUCGUCCCAUGCCAGCUGAUGACCCGAGUAGGGUCACCAAAGUGGCCACCAGGGAGAGCACCAGCGCUUUGAAGGCCUGGCUCAGCGAGCACCUGAAAAACCCAUAUCCCACUAAAGGCGAGAAGAUCAUGCUCGCCAUUGUCACCAAGAUGAGCCUCACGCAGGUGUCGACCUGGUUCGCCAACGCCCGGCGCCGCCUGAAGAAGGAGAACCGGGUCAGCUGGGCCUCCAGAGGAAAAUCCGACGAGGAGGAUGAGGAAGAGGAGGGUGAGAGCGAAGAGGAGGGAUCUUUGAGGAAAGGCACGGAGGAUGAAGACGAAAUCGAUCCUCAAACAGUUGAUGAGGAGGAGGAGGAGGAGGAGGAGGAUGUCGCGGGGUCAAAGUCGGUUGAGGACCGUUUAGCGGAAGGACUUGAUCAGCAAAAGGAAAGUGACAAGUCUGACACGUCCUGUGAGACCAAAACAGAGGUGUGUAAACAAAACGUCGAAGUCCAGAAACCUAAAAUCUGGUCUCUCGCGGAAACCGCGACUUCAGAUAUCGUCAAGAAACCCAGCGAUCUGAAACAUCUCCACAGUCCAGAGUUUGGAAAGUGGUGGGCUGGAUGGCCUUCAAGGGACUCCUACUCUCCUGUAAACCUCUCCACACACGACCUUCUCAAACAGAGUCAAUGAAACCGUUCAUUCAAG